GAGACGCGCGCAGGGAUGGCCGAGACCAACGGCAACGGCAACGGCAAUGGCGCCGCGAGCGGCGUGACCGCGCCGCUGAUGCUCCACGGGCGCGUGGCGAUCGUGACGGGCGGCGCCGGCGGCAUCGGGUCGGCCGUGUCGAAGCACCUGGCGGCCCUGGGCGCGCGCGUGGCCGUGGCCUACGUCGGGGACCCGGCGCCGGCCAAGCAGCUCGUGUCCGGCAUCAACGCGGCGCACGGCGACGGCCAUGCCAUCGCGGUGGAGGCGGACGUGUCGGACGCGGCGCAGGUGCGGGCGCUGUUCGACGCGGCGGCGGCGGCGUUCGGCGGGGAGCUGCACGUGCUCGUCACGACGGCGGCGGUGCUGGACUACUCGUACCCGGCGCUGGCGGAGACGAGCGAGGCGACGUACGACGCCGCGUUCGGUGUCAACGCGCGGGGCACCUUCCUGUGCCUCCGGGAGGCGGCCAACCGGCUGGCGCGCGACGGGCGGGGCCGCAUCGUCACCUUCUCGUCGUCGGGGGUCGGGUCGCUGCGGCCAGGGUACGCGGCGUACGCGGCCAGCAAGGCGGCGGUGGAGACGAUGACGAGGAUCCUGGCCAAGGAGCUGCGGGGCACGGGGAUCACCGCCAACGCCGUGGCGCCGGGGUCCACGGCCACCCCGAUGUUCUACAACGGGAAGACGGAGGAGGAGGCCGAGCGGUACAUCGCCGAGGCGCCGCUGGGGCGGCUCGGCCUGCCGGAGGACAUCGCGCCGCUCGUCGGCUUCCUCGCCAGCGACGCCGGCGGGUGGGUUAACGCCCAGGUGCUGCGCUGCAACGGCGGCACCAUCUAGACAGUCUCCCUCCCUCGCUCGUCCUUGGCGAAAUGAGCUAGUCGUAUCUGCUUCCGUCAGCGUGUUCUCUGCAUGAUCAAGGAGUUUGUGUUCAUCGUUUUUGAUAUAGCUUACCACUCAUGCGGAGUGGUAAGGAGUUUCUGUGUUCGAGUGACAAACAUUUGUGUUCCUAUGCUAUGCAUGGGUGUGUGCGCUCCGUGUUUGGUCUGUACUCAGUAGUGAUCUAAAUGCUUUUAUAUUUCUUUACGGA